GUCAGGGAGUCAGUCUGUCACUCACUCAGUCAGUCAGUUAUUAGGAGUGUCCCCGAUUAGUCGGCCUCCGGGCUGACUAGAAGUUUUAGACACUUAAAUAAAGUUUAUUGAUUGAUUGAUUCUGGAUGAUUUUUGUUUUAUCGUACUAUAACCUGUAUAUUUUAAUGUUUUUACUUGCAUAAGUGGCCGGUGGGUUUGUCACUAGCUUCGUAGGGUCUUUAAUGCAGCAAACGUUUGAUAACAUAACCAAGCCGCUUGAUUGGAGAAAUGCACUGGAAAGUGGAAUCAGUGGUGCAAUUUCCUCAGCCCUUCCUCCGCUUGUUCGUACUCGAGAAGGAUCUAAGCCGCUGCAAGCUUUUAUUUCCAGUUUUGAUGACAAGACCAUUAAAAACCUGCUUGUGCCAAAAGUUGUAAACUUGCUCUUCAAUUUCACCAUCGAGUGGGUGCGCUCCUUGGAUCCGAACGACAUGAUCGGUCCUCCAGGAUACGGAGACGCGCGCUUUAUUUCGCUGAAGGCACCGCUGAACUACAAGAUCAGAUUUGAGAACGAUCCUAAUGCCACCGCCCCUGCACAGCACGUGAUCAUUCUACAUACACUGGACCAAGACUUGGACAUCCGCACAUUUAGAAUUACAGGCUUUGGGUUUGGAAACUUCAAUAAAAAGCUGUCGAAUUCUAGGGCUUCUCUUCAGGUAAGAAAACUUACAGGUGAGGCACCUGAUGAUCCACGAACUGGCUUUCUUCCUCCAAACAACGGUACAACAGGGCAAGGAUAUGUGACCUUCUCUGUUGACCUCAAGAAGAACUUGCCAUCUUUAUCAAGGAUUGAUGCCAAGGCCAGCAUCUAUUUUGACAAGAACGAACCGAUCGAUACUCCUCCGAUCUUUAACACGAUUGACAGUUCGAUCCCCUCCUCCAAUAUCUCUGUCAUUAAUGACGUCAUGAAGGUUGGAAAAUUGGCCGUGGAUAUCGAUACAAAAGAUGAGGGGUCUGGGGUCCAGUCAGUGGACUUGUUGUAUCAAAUCUCAGAGGGUAAUGAUCCGCUUCAAGAACAAUCCCUACUUCCCCUGCUGUCCGGUAUAACAGACGACACAACCUUCCUACCCCUCCCCUCAGGGAAGACGUACUCGCUUUUGGCUUUGGCCGUUGACCACGUGGGUAACAGACAGCCAAUUGACUUGAACCGAGUCAUCACAGUGGACUUUACACCCCCUAAACCUUCCUGUGAACGACUGAAUAAUUGCUCUGGUCACGGAAACUGCUCCGUCCUCAAGCUCUGUGUCUGUGAAGACGGAUUUUAUGGAGUUAACUGUUCACUCGAUUUCCCUUUGCGGUUUGAGACUCCGAUCAUUUAUUUAAUGUACAGCGACACCAGCGAAGACAUGCGCACUCAGUUAUACCUUUCCGCGUUUAUUUCGGAUGUCGACGACAGCAGCUAUACUGAAAAUUUCACCUUGAAACUCUUCAUCGAUGACGUUCCCCAUGGAUUUACCUUCAAUAAAGGAAACCAGAGUGGGAAUCGCGUCACCUUGGAGCGUGAGGAGUUUGGUGAUAUUUGGAUGACGCCUGAAAAAGACUUUUCAGGAGUCGUCAGAUUUAAUAUCACUGCACAAGGCGCAACACCAAGGGAAAUAAAAACGGCCAGCAACCAAAUCGAAAUAAAGAUCGAAGCCAUUGCUGACAUUCCGUUUCUUAAUGUCAUUGUUCCAUGUUAUCACUGGAACAGCAGCGAAAAGAUUAUACCCGUAACUGUAGAAAGCCACCAGACUGACUUAGAUUGUUCCGAGAAUUUGACGAUUAUCUUCUCGGGUUUACCGAGUGGUUAUCGAUCAUUUUACGAGAAUGGCACGAAAUUUGUGAUCGGAAGUAAUGACACAGCACCACCUAACUCGCCUGGCUGGUUUAUCUCCUUUAACGGAACAUUAAAACCAUUCGUUCUGAAUGUCAUCGCCAUAGCCGAGGAAAAAUCUAAUGGAAACGAAACAAACAAGACAGUUGCUGUUGAUGUGGCAUUCUGUGUUACUUGUGAGGCGGUGAAUAACUGCUCUGGACAUGGAAAUUGCAGCAAAGUAAAUACUUGUGAAUGUAAAAGUGGAUUUAAAGGAUCCCUGGAUUGUUCAUCGGUUUCCUGCGAAAAAGUGUUCAAUUGUUCUGGACAUGGAAACUGCUCUGGUCCAAAUAUUUGCUUUUGUGAAAGCGGAUUCAAAAGUGAUGGCUGCUCACAAGUUUCUUGUGAACUAGUAAAUCACUGUUCAGAUCAUGGUGCAUGUAGCGGACCCAAUGUAUGUUCUUGCUAUAGCGGAUUUAAAGGAAGUAACUGCUCGGAAGUAUCUUGUGAGGAGUUAAACAACUGUGCAAAUCAUGGAAUGUGCACUGGUCCAAACAAAUGCACUUGUGAAGAAGGCUUUAAAACUGCACCAGACUGCUCUAAAGUUUCUUGUGAAUUGCUGAAUCACUGUUUAUACCGCGGUAACUGUAGCGGUCCUAAUGUCUGCUCCUGUCACAGUGGUUUUAAAGGAUUAAACUGCUCACAAGUAACCUGCGAGGCCGUAAAAAACUGUUCAAAUCACGGAAUCUGCGCUGGACCAAACUUAUGUACUUGUGAAAGAGGUUUCCAUGGAGCAGAUUGCUCGGAAGAAUUGGAAGGUGAAGGUCACAUAGGAUUAAGGAAAGAAGCGGUUGCUGGGAUCUCAACUGGAAGUUUCGUGCUGGGUUUACUUUUGAGUAUGAUUCUGUUUCAUUGUUACCGGAAGAGAAAGGGCAGGCGCCGAAGUAAAUUACGUAGUAAACAAGGUAACACAUUUCCCCUCAGGCCCUUCGAAAACCGGGUUCACUCAGCGCCUCCGCUGAAAGGCUAGGAACCAAUCAGUUCCGAUGCGAAGAUGAUGGAGAUGAUGAUGGUGAUGACGACGACGACGACGAUGGUAGCAACGACAGUAUAGAUGAUGACCAAGAAGUCGACGACCAUACGUUACGAUUUUGUUCAUACAACAAUAAUAUAUACUGGUAGUAAUAAAAGACUAUGACUGCGUUCGUUUUCUACGCCUGUGAUAUAACUUAAAUAGCUGUCUGUUGCUGAAAUCGAUAUCUUUGUGAACAGCUGAAGUUUUACAGACAGAUGUAACAUAAUGACAAAGUCCACUAUUUUUCUGUACCUUACAGUCAAACCUCUAUUAAGC